UUAAAGGACCCUGGUCCUUGGUGACAUGAGACUGAUUCUGAGGAGCAGGCAGACUGGUAAGGAAGGACCGACGGACGUCCUGUCUGCUGGUCCUGGUGCACCAUCUGUUUUCUCCUUGAAGGACCAGGUAUCCACCUGCAGACUCCACCCAGGGGAAGCCUGGGAGAGCCUGUCUGUCUGGGCAGGCAUCCGGAAGAUCUGGAACGUAGGUGAUGGAGCUCUCUCAGUACCAUUAUGGCUGGCUGGCUGCUGCUGCCAGCUCCUGAUGGUGGAUGCCUGCAGCCGGGGCUGCCACCAUGGACGCAGCUGUGAGCCCGGGACACCCCGGUUCCCAACACAGGCAGCAGUGGAGAGCCGAGGUGCCUACUGCGGGGUGAAGUUCCCUGGCGCAAAGCAGGAGACAGCAUCAGAGGCUGAGCGCAGGCUGCUGCCCAGGAGGGAAUCUGCCGCCACCGUACACACAGGCAGCGCCGGCCAAGUCGCCGCAGGCCUGCCACAGCAUCCAGGUAACCAUCUGGUCUGGAUGUGUGGCCACGAUGCCACGGCCCGUGCCAUCUGCUGCUUCAAGCGAGAACUUGGGAGGAGCAGUGUCCGUCUGAGCCUCCACCUCGGGCCAGUUACCACCUGAAAGCCCCCACCAGGGGAGGCGGUUCUCAACUCCAAACAAACGGCUUGUGGUGCUGCCAUGUGCCAUUUAACAAGUGGACUGGGUGUGUGUGUGUGUGUGUGUGUGUGUGUGUGCGCGUGCGCGCCACCCUCAUGGAGGGGCUGCGAGCCUAAGGUGGGGACUGAGCGCUUCGUCCUGGGUUGUUGCUGGCCUUCCAGUUCAGGAAGGGCGGAAAGCACACUGCUGAGGAAGGCUGCUAAUUCUGUUGCUCAGCUGAAGGCCACGCCGCCCCUCGUUCCAUGGGAACUGCUGUCUGGGCUCCAGUCGAAGCAAGGCUGCUCACAGCCUGCAUGGGCAGCCAGCCCAGUCACAACGGUGAGACAGCAAGCCCGGCCAAAGAUGACCGCACGCUCCCCAGACCCUGUCCUACGUGCUGUCAUGCUGCGCGCCCCGCCCCCGCCCCCGCCCCCACGGGUGACAAACCAGGGCUACAAACGGUGGGGGAAGACUUCAAGUGUGCAGGGAUCCGCACUGUGCACCUCGCAGGAGCAGCAGACGAGGCCGUGAGUGAGUCAGAACCUUUAAUAGCAGAGCAGAUGUGGCUGCGUAAGGCAAAAGGCAAGCUGCAGGUGUGCAGCCACCUCCGUUCCCAGGGCGUGUCCUGGUGGCUCCUGGCUUUCAGGGCAGCAGAGGGAGACCACCCGUCCCCACCCUGCUAGCAGGUGCAGCGGCAGCAGCCCCAGAAGCCGGUGGGGACAGACUCUGGGUAGGUCUGCUGCUCUAGUGGUAGGGGGUGUUCCUGGGAGGCUGAGCUGACAGAGAACACCCACAGAGCUGCUGUGGAAG